UGAAGGCUCCUCCUCCCCCCGCUGAGGGUUCAACACCCCGGCUGUCAGGCCCGGACAUGCAGGCUAAGCAUCAAUAAGGGGGCAGGUAACAACGACCAACAACAAAAGGCUGCCUUGUAGCAGGAGCCCAUCGAUCAGACCUCACCUCUGGACGCUUGCCUGUGCCCACACUUGUGCCACCGUCCAGCGCGGGGCCAGCCGGGAAAUGCUCCGGGCGCUGGCAAUGGCCAGUGUGGCCCUGGGGCCCCAGGCAGCAGGUUGGGCAAGAACCAUGGCCUCCCACCAGCUGCUGGUGGCCCCCCCAGAGGCCCUGCGCAAGCCCCUCUCCAUCCCCAACCGGCUUCUGCUUGGGCCCGGCCCCGCGAACCUGGCUCCACGCGUCCUGGCAGCCGGGGGACUGCAGGUGAUCGGGCACAUGCACAAGGAGAUGUACCAGAUAAUGGACGAGAUCAAGCAAGGCAUCCAGUAUGUGUUCCAGACCAGGAACCCCCUCACGCUGGCCAUCAGUGGCUCGGGGCAUUGUGCCCUGGAGGCCGCCCUGUUCAACCUCCUGGAGCCGGGGGACUCCUUCCUGGUCGGGGUCAAUGGCAUCUGGGGGCAGCGGGCCGCGGACAUCGGGGAGCGCAUUGGAGCCCGCGUACACAUGAUGGUCAAGGACCCUGGAGGCCACCACACUCUGCGGGAGGUGGAGGAGGGCCUGGCCCAGCACAAGCCUGUGCUGCUGUUCCUGACCCAGGGGGAGUCAUCCAGCGGCGUGCUACAGCCCCUCAAUGGCUAUGGGGAGCUCUGCCACAGGUACAAGUGCCUGCUCCUGGUGGACUCGGUGGCCUCCCUGGGCGCAGUCCCCAUCUACAUGGACCAGCAAGGCAUUGACGUCUUAUACUCGGGCUCCCAGAAGGUCCUGAAUGCCCCUCCAGGCACCUCCCUCCUCUCCUUCAGUGACAAGGCCAAAAACAAGAUCUACACCCGGAAGACGAAGCCCUUCUCCUUCUACCUGGACAUCAAGUGGCUGGCCAACUUCUGGGGCUGUGACGACCAGCCCAGGAUGUACCAUCACACCACCCCCAUCACCGGCUUGUACAGCCUGAGAGAGAGCCUGGCGCUCAUAGCGGAACAGGGCCUGGAGGACAGCUGGCGGCAGCACCGGGAGACCAUGGCUUACCUGCAUGGGCGCCUGCAGGGGCUGGGCCUGCGGCUCUUCGUGAAGGAUCCCGCGCUCCGGCUGCCCACUAUCACCACUGUGGCCGUGCCCGCCGGCUACAACUGGAGAGACAUCACCAACUAUGUCAUGGACCACUUCGACAUCGAGAUCACGGGAGGCCUCGGGCCCUCAAUGGGAAAGGUGCUGCGGAUCGGCCUGAUGGGCUGCAACGCCACCCGGGAGAACGUGGACCGCGUGAUCGAGGCCCUGCGGGAGGCCCUGCAGCGCUGCCCCCGGAACAAGCUGUGACCCGCCUGCCUCUCCCAUGUCCACUUGCAGGGGCCGGGGGGUGGGGGGCCAGGAGCAAACAGACUCUGCAAGGUGGACAGGGCCCCUGGACAGGACAGCAGCUGCCCCAGCCCAGGCGAGGUGGGACGAGGAGCAGGACCAGGCAGCUGUCCCCAGCCCCAGGUGGCCCUUGUCCCCCCGAGCAGAACAUGGGCCAUUUGGGCUCCGGAUCCACAAUACCCUCCCAAUGAGCUGCAGUCCCUCGCAGGUCACUGGCCUUCUGGGAAUAUUCAAUAAAGAACUGGUUGGUCAUCUGUC